AUGGGCGACGCUUCUGAUUUGGUUGAGUCCCGGCACGAUGCAGCCCGAGACAGCAGCUUGGGUGCAGUGAACGGCUUGCCCGUCGGGCUACAGAAGCCCUCAGAGCCGCAAUCAUAUGUCAGUCCUCAAACAAAGCUGCCUUUACUCGACAGAUACAUUGAUGAGCCGCGACAAUUGCGAGUCGCUGUCAUUGGUGGUGGCCUGUCAGGAAUUCUUGCUGGGGUUCUGCUCCCAGAAAAGGUACCCGGCAUUCAGCUUGCAAUCUACGACAAAAACUAUGAAUUUGGAGGAACGUGGCUUGAAAACACAUAUCCAGGAGUGCGCUGCGACAUUCCCUCGCACGUCUACCAGUCAACAUUUGCUCCCAACGAGAAAUGGUCUGAUGAGUUUGCGCCAGGCGCGGAAAUCCGUGACUACUGGCAGGGCGUGGCCAAAAAGUACAACGUCUAUCAAUAUGCCAAAUUCGGACACCACGUCAAGAGCAUUAACUGGAACUCCGAGGAAUCGGCGUGGACGCUGAAGCUGCACAAGCGGGAUCAGUCAGAGCAGGCUACCACGACCGUAGUAGAGACAGCCGACGUUGUCUUCACUGCCACUGGACGGUUCAAUGCGUGGAAACUACCAGACUACCCUGGCAUCUCCGAGUACCAAGGCCUCCUCAGACACGCCCAGAACUGGGACCCAUCGACAGAUCUGAAAGGCAAGAGAAUUGCUGUGAUUGGUAACGGAGCCAGUGGCAUACAGCUUGUUGCGAAUGUGCAAAAGGUCGCAGGGCACCUUGACCACUACGUUCGAGGAAAAACAUGGAUUGCCAAUUCCUGGGCCGGCGAUGACCGCACACUUGAGCCACAACCGAUUCCAGAGGAUCUCAAGGCCACCUUCGAAGAUCCAGAAGCAUACCUGAAGUUCCGGAAGAUUACCGAGGACAAGUACUGGCGCGGCUUCGACGGCUUCAUCCGAAACUCCGACACGAGCAAGCAACUCAAGGCUCAGUUCAUUGACAUCAUGAAGAAGAGGCUCGCCAAGAAGCCAGAGCUUCUCGAUAUCAUUGUACCGGACUUCUCACCCAACUGCCGACGCCUGACCCCAGGGCCUGGAUAUCUGGAAGCCAUCGCCGAAGACAACGUGGACUAUAUCACAGAUCCCAUCGCACGAUUCACCGCCACCGGCAUUGAGACGACUGAUGGCGUGCAGCGUGAUGUCGACGCCAUCUUUUGUGCCACUGGCGCAAACCGCGACAUGAUUCCUGCCUUCGAGGUCCGCGCAAACGGAGCCUCCAUCGGCGACAUCUGGGGCAAAGAAAAAGGUCAUGGUUUCCCCUACACCUACUUCGGAGUGGCUACUCCAGGAUUCCCGAACCUAUUCUUCCUUGCAGGCCCGCACGGCACCGGACCAUCCGGGACAGUACCUCACGCUGCUGAGACGCAGGUUGCAUACUUUGCAAAGAUCCUACGUAAGAUAUCCCGAGAGGGCAUCAAGUCCAUCGUAGCAUCAAAGACGGCCGCCGAUGACUUCUUGGAGUAUGCAGACUCUUUCUUCGCCUCUACUACACUCUCGGAAAACUGCAGCUCUUGGUACAACGGCGGACAACCUGGUGGACGCAUCCAUGGCGUAUGGCCGGGAAGUGCUACCCACUUAACAAUCGUGCGCCGAGAACCACGAUGGGAAGACUUUGAGUAUGAGUACUUGGCUGCUAGUGGUAAUCGCUUCCAGUGGUACUUUGGCAACGGGUGGACACGGAAGGAGCAGGAUCGGGAUGAGGACAUGACGCCUUAUCUGCAUAAACCAGGCAAGGUCAGCCUUAAGGAUAUCCAUGAGAGUUGGUGGAGUGUGCCUUGA